GUAACGUCAAACUGGAGUUAAGCAAUAACGUCUGAAUCCUCCAGGCUGGAUGAGGAGGGAUAUCCCGUCCGCCCCCUCUCCUGCCUCUGGAAAGUUUCAGACUGCCCUCUCUCCUCUUCGUUUACUGACGCUGAUAAACCGUGGGUGUCUGCUGUGAAGGUGUUGAGGGAACACCAGCCGGGACAUGGGAUGCCUCAGAGAUAGACAAGCCUAAUGACGCAACGGGUUUACUCAAUACAGCUUGAAAUUGUGAGGGACAGGAUAAUACUUGCAGGGUUUCCCACGUUUCCUAUGACCAAAAGCAGGCUGAAGACUCGGAAACUGACAGAUAUAACGUGACUGGCACACUCAGAGUUGUGGAUAAAGGCUUGUCUGGAAAACAUGGAGCGACAAACUUUCACAAUGGCUUACAUUUUACUACUUUUUCUACCUUGUGUUUUCUCUACACGGUCGCGCAUGCUUGUCCCUGGGUAUGAAACUACCACCUCUAUAGAGCCACAGAGAGAAAGCGGGAAAGUUCUUACUACAAUGGGCAAAGAGUGCAAAUUCCCAUUUCGUCAAGGUGGCAGAAUUCAUCAUCACUGCAUCACCAUCCUAUCCUCACGACCAUGGUGCUCCCUCACACAUAACUUUGAUCGGGACCGUCAGUGGGGUUUCUGUGCACCGGAAAAAACUCAACCAGAUGUUUUUGUCCACACGUCACGAAGAAUCACAGAUCCCUGUCAGGUGAAUCCCUGUCAGAAUGGAGGCAUCUGCACGUUGAUCCCACACAGGCACUCGUUUGAGUGCUCCUGUCCUGAGAGCUUCACUGGGAGACUCUGUGAACAGAAGAAGUGCUAUGAAACAGUACACCUGCGCUAUUAUGACAGCGGAGAGUCUUGGGGACGGAUUCACCUCCGUAAUGUUGAACAGUGCACGUGUGCAGCAGGGGAAAUCAAGUGUGAAAGAGUUCGCUACACCAUGUGUCGUACCAACCCAUGUCAGAAUGAUGGCACUUGCCGAAUGAUUAUAUCAACGGGCAAAGAAGUGUGUAACUGCAGGAGUGCAUACAGCGGGCCGUACUGCAGCUUUGAGCCGGAGACACAGUGCUAUAACAGCAGGGGCAAAGAUUACAGAGGGGUGGUGGGCACCACGGAGUCCGGCGCCCGCUGUCUGCCCUGGAACUCAGACCUACUGUAUGAUGAGCUGCACGUGGGCACAAUGGUGUCUUCACGCGUCAAGGGCCUCGGGGAACACACUUUCUGCAGAAACCCAGAUGGGGACAAGAAGCCAUGGUGCUACACUCUAAAUGACGGCGCCAUCUCCUGGGAGUACUGUGACGUCCCCUCCUGUGUCAUGCCUGUGUGGGAGAAUCUUCCAGCUGCAAAAUCACAGAUUUUCAGAAGAGCUUCAUCUAGAAGGAUAAUCCUGCCAAGUGUGAGAAAACCAAAGCCUCCCAAGUCAAACAAAAAGCCGGUGUGUGGCAAAAAGCACAAGAAGAGGUUAUCGAUAGCCAGAGGGAGGAUAUUAGGUGGAAACUCAGCACUGCCAGGCACUCACCCUUGGAUGGCGGCCAUUUACAUCGGGAAAUCAGACUUCUGCGCUGGAACCCUAGUGGCGUCUUGCUGGGUUGUCUCUGCGGCUCACUGCUUUUUCCGCAACCCCCUCAGGUCGCAGAUACGCGUAGUCCUUGGCCAGCAGCAUUUCAACACCACCGGCCUCAACAGCAAGACGUUUGAAGUGGAGGAGUACAUCUUUCCAAAGCAGUUCUCUGUGUUUAAUCCAACACUGCAUGACAUUGUUCUGAUCAAACUGAAGAAACAGGAAGGCCGCUGUGUGAGGAAGACGCCGUUCAUCAGACCCAUCUGUCUCCCAGACAAAAGCAUGAGGUUUCCCGAUGACUACUGCUGCACUAUCAGCGGCUGGGGACACAUGCAUGAGAAGGCGGAGGGUUACGCCAGUCUGCAGGAGGCUGGAGUCAGGCUGAUUCCUCAUGACACUUGUAGGAAGCCAGAUGUUUAUGGAAACCACGUCACAGAUGACAUGAUAUGUGCAGGGCUGAACAACUGUGCAGACGCCUGCCAGGGGGACUCAGGGGGCCCGCUGGCUUGUGCUAAGGAUGAUGUCAGCUUCCUGUAUGGGAUCAUCAGCUGGGGGGACGGCUGCGGACGCUCUGGAAAACCCGGUGUGUACACAAAAGUGCCGAACUAUGUCGACUGGAUCAACUCUGUGAUCAAGCAAAAACCCAAGACUUCAGACGCAUGGGCAUGGACUGGACAUUAGCUUUAAUGUAUUUGAUUUUUAUCAUGUUACUGUACUGUAUUCUGUUUUUAUUGUAUCUUUGUUUUUACUGUGAAACAUGUUUUGACUGAAUAAACCUUGAAUUACUUGAAAAAUAUUUGACUUUCAGAAUUAUGA